CUAGAGUACACCAAUAUUGAAGGCCAAGAAACCGCCAUGUCACUCUGAAGUUUCCUGACCAUCAGUCAGUCUACCACACGACGUCAGCCAGCCAGCCAGCCGUAUCAUCAUAAAAUCUAGGCGGAACGGAACCCAGAAGAGCCAAAUCCCCAACACCGCCUCUCGACUCCAAGAAAAUCCGCUAAAUGGCCAUCGCCGCCGCCGCAGCAGCAGCUACUUCCCCAACCACCGCUCGCACCACCGCUACCCUCUCGCCUCCGCCGCCCAUUUCUUCCUCCUCCUCCUCCUCCUCCUACUCUUCCGCACAGCUCAACUUCGGGCUCCCCAUAUCCACCGCUCGACCUCGCACCACCGCCGGGCUCUCAAUCUCCUGCACUAUGACCAGAGAUGCGGCGGCGGCGGUCGCCGUGACGGAAAAGGACGACUCCGACCCGGCUCUGUGGAGUCGGCCCGAUGCUUUCGGCCGAUUCGGCAAAUUUGGGGGGAAGUACGUCCCCGAGACUCUCAUGUAUGCUCUCACCGAACUCGAAUCCGCCUUCAAUUCAAUCAGGAACGACCCUGAUUUUCAGGCAGAACUGGGCGGCAUUUUGAAAGACUAUGUUGGAAGGGAGACUCCUCUUUACUUUGCUGAGCGGCUGACGGAUCAUUACAGGAGGCCGAAUGGCGAAGGGCCGCACAUUUACCUCAAGAGGGAGGAUCUGAACCACACCGGUGCUCACAAGAUCAACAAUGCGAUCGGCCAGGUGCUGCUCGCGAAGCGGUUGGGGAAGAAGCGGAUCAUUGCAGAAACCGGAGCUGGGCAGCACGGGGUUGCCACUGCGACCGUCUGCGCGAGGUUUGGGUUGGAAUGUAUCAUCUACAUGGGUGCACAAGAUAUGGAAAGGCAAGCACUCAAUGUGUUCAGGAUGCGGCUUCUGGGAGCCGAGGUGAGAGGGGUGCAUUCUGGGACAGCCACGCUGAAAGAUGCUACGUCGGAAGCUAUAAGGGAUUGGGUGACCAACGUGGAGUCGACUCAUUAUAUUCUGGGUUCUGUUGCCGGACCACAUCCGUAUCCCAUGAUGGUGAGGGAGUUCCACAAGGUGAUUGGCGAGGAAACAAGGAGGCAAGCAAUGGAGAAAUGGGGUGGGAAGCCAGACGUCCUUGUGGCGUGCGUUGGUGGGGGUUCGAACGCGAUGGGAUUGUUUGAGGAUUUCGUCAAGGACAAAGAUGUUAGGUUGAUUGGUGUGGAGGCUGCUGGUUUUGGUCUGGAUAGCGGGAAGCACGCUGCAACUCUGACUAAAGGGGAAGUUGGUGUGCUGCAUGGAGCUAUGAGCUAUUUGUUACAAGAUGAUGAUGGGCAAAUCAUUGAGCCUCACUCCAUUAGUGCUGGGGUUGGAUUACCCUGGAGUUGGACCGGAGCACAGUUUUCUGAAAGACAAAGGUCGUGCUGAAUACUAUUGUGUCACUGAUGAGGAGGCACUAGAAGCAUUCAAGAGAGUAUCAAGACUGGAAGGCAUAAUCCCUGCGCUGGAGACAUCUCAUGCUCUCGCUUACCUUGAGAAGCUGUGCCCAACGCUCCCUGAUGGAACUAAGGUCGUGCUGAACUGCAGUGGCCGAGGGGACAAGGAUGUACAGACGGCCAUCAAGUACUUGAAACUCUGAACGGUAAGCUUAAACGAACUGCUGCUGCUUCUGCGGAUGUCGCUUCUUGUUUGACAAAAGGGAACGAGAAGCUAAGUACUAGUAGAUGAGUUCCGAUUUGGUGUUGUAAGGUGAAGGUUCUUCUGACAAUCUCUUGGGUACCAGAGAGUCAUUUUGUUAAUUAGCCUAUGUAGGACCUCAGUCGAGCUAAUAACAGCAACAUUUGUGCUUGUUGCAAUCGUUUCCUUAUCCCUGUCUGAAGCAUUAAUCUUAGAAGCUUCAUUGAAGAAUCAUGUAAUGUGCUUCAAGAUGGCAUGCAUCUUUCACAUUAACGCCGGGAUGUGUUGCUCAGAAGGGCACCCAGUUAACUGAUUGCUGUAAACAUCCACCAUCCUUAGUUCUUACAAGUUGCUGAAACCGAUCCUGAAAUCAAAUUGUGGGUCUCCAAACUUUCCAUUGCGACUCUCCUGUUGUUAUGUUGAAGCAACAAGUUUUGGCUAUCUCUAC